AUGACCUUUUUCAACUACAAAGACCACAUCGAGGAGGGCGAUUUGGUGCUAGCCUUUAUCAAUAGAUCUACAAUAAAGCCUAUAUAUGUCAAGAGUGGCGAAAUUCUCAACACACGUUAUGGUCAUUUCCUUCAUUCUUCGAUGAUUGGUAUGAAGUAUGGUGCACAGAUGCGUGGGGCUAAAGGGUAUGGGUUUAUUCACUUAUUGUAUCCUAGUCCCGAAAUGUGGACCUUGUCAUUACCUCAUAGAACUCAGAUUGUAUACACACCAGAUUCGUCAUAUAUUAUACAGAGGUUGAAUGUUCGACCCGGAUCAAGAGUUAUUGAGGCUGGGACAGGGUCAGCUUCAUUUACACAUUCAUUUGCAAGAACCGUGGGAGAAAGUGGUAAGGUGUUUACAUUUGAGUUCCACGAGCCGAGAUACUUGGAGGCAAAGACCGAAUUGCAAAGCCAUGGGUUGACAAACACCGUCAUUACUCAUCGCGAUGUUUGCAAUGGAGGAUUUAACGUCGAUGGCACAAUUGACGGUGAUGUGGUGUUUUUAGAUUUACCGUCUCCUUGGGAUGCUAUACCGCAUUUGGAUACAGUCGUUGCAAAGCAGAAGCGAGUGGGGAUAUGUUGCUUUUCUCCAUGUAUUGAACAAGUGGCUAAAACAGUAACUGCGUUGGAAGAAAAUGGUUGGACAAAUGUGGAAAUGGUUGAAAUUGCUGCAAAGAGAUGGGAAGCACGAAAAGAAAUGAAGAGAGAUGUGAGCAAUGCUAUCAAAAGGAUAAAAGAUAUACAGGGGAGGAAACAGUAUGGCAUUGAAAGUAGGAGAGCUGGGCACCCACCUCAAAAAUUGGCCAAAUCUGACGACUCGUUCAAAUCGGCCAGAAAAAGUGCUAAAGUAAAGGAAGGUGAAUAUGGGUAUGAAUGGCUUGAAGUGACAAAGACUGAAUCGGAGAUUAAAAGUCACACUUCGUAUUUAACGUUUGCAUAUAGGAUAUUGCUAUAG